AUGGUUUCGAUUGGUUAUGAACCUGUGGAGCACCUACCAUACAUCGAUGAAAAUAUCAGUCCAGAAGAAAGGGCAAAUGUCGAGCAGUUGAUACGGUUGGAACUAGCCAACCAGUUUAAUACUAAUUUCACGACUUUCACACAUCAGCCAGUUGGUACAACCCAGACGCCGGUAACUCGUCUUCAACAUAGCCAGCAACAGGAACCAUUACAACAUCUACAAGACCAUGCGUUACAGUUACAGCCUCCUAUAGGCCUGGACUUAGGGAAUAUGCCCAUGCACCCUCUAGUUGAAACUUUGAUAUCUCCACCAAAUGGGAUUCAGAGUACAAUGUUAGAAAUGAGCAUACAGCGAUAUCAAGAGGAAGAAGACUCGGAUGCUGAAGAUGAUGAACAUAUGAAUGAAGGUGUAGAUUUGACCAAGUACACCAACUUUGCAUUGUCUUCGCCUUUGGAAGAAUCGUCAUCAACUCAAGCAGAAGAGAGUAUAAAUUACGAUAAUUUGUACACGACCUUAGGACAUGCGACAUUACAGCAACGUAAUUUGGAUAUGUUGGUGGACAAUAGGCAAGAGUUACACGCCUCUCAACUACAUCAUUUGAAGGAGCUUAAUGAUUUGGAGAAGGACUUGGAAACAAAUGUGAAUAAUAAAAGAAAAAUGAUUGAGGAUGUGAAUACGUUACGAAAGAAACGCCAAUUAGAUGAGUUUAAGCCAGCUCGAGAUUACUUACAAGAACAUUGGAGGCAAGGCAUAAAUACUGCAUUAGAAUUGAAAAUAGAGGAAGCAAAGAGAAGUAGAUAG